AUCGACCCUGGGACUUGGCAGAGAGGCAGUGAAGGCAUGCGGGUGCGGGAGGGAGCCAUGGCUGGCAUUCUUGUGCAGCAGCAUCGAGAGACGCUCGGCUACCCGUCCCUCCCUACACCCAAUAGAUUCCAGUACACCCCAUGUCGCUGGCGUGACACUGACAGAGUCGAAGAUGAGGGUUGGGUCUCUGAUGAAGGAGUUUUCAGGAACCGUAUGGCCGGACCUUUGCUUGACUGUAUAUGAAGUGCAAGAUGCUGUAGUCGACAAGCGUCGCUCCUUAGCGCUCUGGCAGCCGGUACCGGCCGACUACGGUCACCUUGCCAAGGUUACAUACAUUCCGUCUCACAAUGCGGCAGCGAUCCUCUUCCUCAGGAGGCCUUCGACCAGCAUGGACAUCAACGACCAACGACAAGGAAGUUUGGACAGCAACAGCGAUGACAGGAAUGUUUACUGUCGGGAUGCAGCUGUGAAGUCAUCAUCAGCCACGAUGGAGAUGACAGAGUCAUCGAGGACAACGCAACGGCAUCACUGAAGAAGGCUCGUAUGGAUCAUUUCACGGAUCAUAUAAAUCCGCGAGAAACAUAGCUGAGUAACCGAGGAUAGGAUAGGCUGAAGCGGAGAGUUCCACACGGAACAAAGAAACAAUAAAGGGC